GGGCUUUUCUAGCCGUUCACCCUUGAAACAGCUUUCGCGCCCAAAAGCAUUGGCCUGACAUUUUCGCCUCAAAAGAGCAGCACGUUUGUCUCUUCAUUGACAUUUGACAAUGAUGCAAUAAUAGCACCAUUGGCAAACCACAAGGAAACACAAAGCCAACAUCACAACGACACUUUUAAACUUAACCAACAACAAAGCCAGCACAAUGCCUCGAUCAGCCCAUUCCGCGCUUGGAAACAAGAAAAAGUCUGUCAGCAGUAGUAGUAGUAGUAGCAACGACAGUAUGAACGGGCCCGCCAAGCGUCACAAAAACAACCGCAAUCACUGGGCCGAUGGUCUCUUGAAGUUCCUCGACGACCCUACGGAUCCGGCUGUGGUGUACCUGGAUGACGAAUUCAUUGCUGUCAAAGACAAGUUUCCCAAGGCCAAGUGUCAUUACCUCGUCAUGCCGAGGGACACCAAGUUCCGUUCACUGAAUGAUUUGGAGGGUCGGGGCGAUAUGGUUCUUCUGAGAAAGAUGGAAGCGGUGGCCAACAAACUAGUGCACGACCAGAACGAGACAGGAGACCCUACGCUGCAGUUCCGCUACGGGUUCCAUGCCGUGCCUUCUUUGAAUCAUCUUCAUAUGCAUGUCAUUUCGCAAGACUUUGACUCCCCACACCUAAAGAACAAGAAGCAUUGGAACAGCUUCACUACUACCUUCUUUGUCCCAGUGGAAGAAAUGCAGAUUGCCGUCACAAAGGGGAAGAUCGACUUCACCUACCGGGAGAAUCGGUUGAAGGAUGGACUCAAAUGUCACCGGUGUGGAAAGAUGCAGACCAACAUGCCCCAACUCAAGCAGCACAUCUCCUGUUGCAACUACGAUGCGACCAAGGAAUUCGACGAGUACAGCGACUGAGGACUUGCUUGCUUCCUGAAUAACAAAACAACAACACGACAAUAAUAGCCUCUCACCCAUAAACGGGUGGGUCGCUUUGGGGGCAACAAUUCUUCUUCAGAUUAUAACAAUUCGCUGGCACUCCUAACUAACUAAUUCAUCAAGGGAGGCCACAACAAAACAAAAACUUGGAUGCACAGUGCACUCUCGUUUGCCAUUCAUUCAUCUCUAUGUGACGCAAAACUUAACAACCAUAAAAUUAUAAACCAGUCUAUCUUGUG